CUUUCUCGGGAAGAAUCGUCAGCUGUUGGUGGUGGCGGCGGUGGUGGCGGCGGUGGUGGUGGUGGCGGCGAGGCGACGGGUUGGUGGUUUCCACUCCCAUCGACCCACCCACUCACCAAUUUAAUUUGUGGGUUUUUUUUCAAUCCCAGAGUUAUCGUGGCAGGCACAGCUGUAUCGGCUCCCCAAGGUCCUUCACCUACCCAUAGGAUGGCGUGUGCAGUGGCCACCCCGGUGCUGGAGCCAAGCGGGGACUUCCCGGCAUGGCUGGAGGCACAGGGCGUGAACGCGGAGGUGGCCAGGGCCAUGGACUCGGAGCUGGGCAUCCGGGACUACGGGGUCCUGCGUGCCUGCGUCGGGGACGGCCUCGUGCGGGCCGAGCUGCUGGCCACAGCGCGCGACCGCCUGCCCUUUGGUUUCUACGCCGUGCUGCGGCAGGUGGUGAAGGCCCUGCAGGAUGCCGAGCACCACGAUGGGACGCCGCGCUGGGACGACGCCGCCGCUGCAUCCUCCCCUGGCGACGUGACCCUGGGAGGCUUGGUGGAUGUGCUGCUCGCACUAUUCAGCGGCUUGAGCCGGGAGCUGUUGUUGUCCGUGCAGAGGCUGGGGGCCAUGGAUGGUGCCGGUACAUAUGUUGAGCCCUCGAGUCCACCUGGGGAGGAAGUUCAACACCAGGAUGACGUGACGGCAUGCAGCGCGGCAACGGAGUUGCUGGAAGCGAGCGAGUGUGAACCUCCACCUUACAAUGAGACGGGGGAGAAUCUGAUACCGAACGUGGACUUCACCGGCUUGGAAUGGUCGGGACACAUCAUUAAAAUGGAGACUUGCGAUCACGACGAGGUGGAAGAGGCUGUGGACGAUGGUGACUUGAUUUACAGAGAGCGCACGCUGCAAAUGGACCCAUCUAAUGGCCAAAGCUCCUCCUCUGCGGGCUUCAUCAUCAAGGACGUCACCUCGCUGCAGGACUCUGCCUGCCAGACGCUCACCAACCUCUCGGGCCGCUAUCCCCGUGCCCGCCGAUCAGCCCCACCACGACGCCGCUCCAAAACCACCAUCACCACCGCCACAACCACCACCAUCGCCUCCUCAUCCGCCACCACCUCCUCCUCCUUUACCUCUUCGGCCCCAGCAUCAUCGUCAACGACAUCGGGACCCUUCUCUCCUCGCAGCAACACCGCUCUGCGUCCGAUCGCCAAACGUUGCGCGCCCGUGCCAACGCACGCAUCAACGUCAGCGCCAGCUUCCACAAACUACCGGACGCCCGUGGCCUCUGUGCCCAAGUACAGGCCCAUCAGGCCCAGGCCGAUGGAUCCGUCGAGGGAACGCUCGCGCCCAUUUGACGCUGCUGCUGCCGCCGCCGCUGCCGCCGCCACCAUCGCUAACGUCGCAGCUGGCCCAGCCCUCGCAGAGCAAGGCUCGCACCGCUACCAGGCGGUCGCCGCUAACUGCCAGAGCGCUGCGGGGACCCGGGCACCCCUGAACCUCCGCGCAUUCCUGCAGAGGCGCGCGCCACACCUCUUUGAAGCGUGCCAGAGCACAGGCAUGUUAUCGCAGUCCUCGAGGAAGGAAUUGGUCAAAUUGGCCGUUUCCCACCUGGUCGAACGGCACGGCUUCUACCCAAGUUCCGUGGAGAAGACGAGCAUCUCCCAGGAAAUAAUCGACAUCUUCCCGUCCCAGAGACUGGACAUCGGGGGCUCUAGUGUCACUGGCCAUGAACAUUUUUACGACCCUCAGGGCCACACGGGAUUUGUAGAAGUCCGUCUGCGGAAUCUGCGGCGCAAGCUGAACGCCGACCAGAAAAAAUUCUCGAAAAGGCACAAGCGGAAACUGGAGGAGGGCGGGUGCGGCAUGGCGGCGGCGAUGGCCGUCAAGCGGAGCCGGACACUGCUGCUGGACCCGAGCGACGCCACGAGCGACCCAGAGCAAAUCCCGCGAGAUUUCCAGCGCCUGGUGGCUAUUCCCGGUCUGCUCGAUGCGGAGUUCGACAAAAUCUCAUACGGGAAGGGACGCAACUUUGUGGAGCGGUGGGAGCACACGUACGUGCCUAAGCUGCGCCGGCUCGCCGUUCACGAGUCCGAGGACGUAAAGAUCCUCCUCCGGGAUGUGGAGGUGGCAGCUACCCCCGAUGAAGUCUGCUUCACGAUGCUCAAAAUCUUGACACACCUGCUCCCCCCGACGAUGGCCGGCCCAGCCAAGGGCUCCAAGUGCAGCAUCAAAUGUGCGCUUCCUUACCUCGUCGACUUUGCUCCGGUGGGCACGAGCGCCAGUGCGCUGCUCGACGACGCUGCUGUCUUCCCUCCGCGGACUCAGCCCUUCCUCGUCGGCCUUGGAGUCGGAGCGGUGGCGCCGGCGGCGGCGGUGGGAUCGGGGCGUCCGAGCUACGCGAUUGUGGCACGCGGCGCCGGCGUAGCGCUGCCGCUGCGGCAGUCGACACUGGUUGGAGCACUGGACCAGCUCUUCAAGUUGCUCUGGGUGUGCGGGGUGCAGUACCCGGCUCAGGUGGCACCCGUCUAUGGCUUCCUCGAGCACGUGUAUGGCAUGCCGGCACCGCGAGCACUCUGCAGGAGGAGCAAGGUGCUGGAGCUCGUCGGAAAGCUGCAGCUCAUGUGAGCCUGAGGCGGAGCAUUCGGCAAAGUGCGAACAAACGUACAGCGGUGGCCCGUGUCCAAAGGAAUCCUUUGCAUCGUUGUGCAGGAAUGAACCCUCCGAUGGUGGUUGAUACAAACACAGCAGUGCCCUGUAUCGGUGUCUAGGAAUGGCAUGGCCCUCCAGUAGUGCCCGCUACACACAUCAGUCGUCUAUAUCAAUGUCCAGGAAUGUAUCAGCCUCCAGUGAUGUCCGCAACACACUAAAAUAUCCUGUAUCAAUGUCGAGUAAUGUUUGGACCUCCAGUGAUGCCCACUCCGCAAUGUUUCCUGUAUCAGUGUCCAGGAAUGUGUGAACCUCCAGUGAUGUACACUACACACAGCAGUCCCCUGUGGCAGUGUCCCAGAAUAUGUGGACCUACAAUCGCAUCCACUCCACACAACAGCGUCCUACAUCAAUGUUCAGGAGCGUAUGGACUUCCAGUGAUGUAUACAACACACAGCAGUGCUAUGUGCUCUCCAGAAUUGUAUAGACUUUCAGUAGUGUCCACUACAAACAUCAGUAUUCUCUAUCAAUGUUCGGGAAUGUAUGGAUCCCCAGUAACAUACUACAUGCAGUAUUCCCCCAAAUUAGCAUCUAGUAAUGUAUGGACUUCCAGUGGUGGUCACUAUAUACACACACACACAAGUCCUCCGAGUCGUCAGAUGUGGACAGAAUUUCAUUGCUUUUGUAUCAGUGUCGAGGAACGGAUGGAACUUCAUACGAACGCUAUGUAUGUGUAAUGGUAUCAAUGUGCACAUGAAACAUGGAAGGUGAACCUAUAACAACCCUAUCUUCUAUAAUAAUGUCCGAUUAAUAGAGCGCGGUGUAGAACUCGUGCAGCGAGUCACUCACAAAAGUCUAGAGCACACGGCACAAAGCCCAAGUGUCGCCCAAAUGCUCUUUCAUACAGAUAUAUCUUCAGCCGUCUCUUGAAGACUGUAGACGAUCGCUCAUUGCGUAUUACCGCAGGAAGCUUACUCCACAGACGUAGAGCGGAGACGGUGAAGCGACAUUCGGCGAGCUCGGUCGCGAAUGGACUCCUGGUGGUAGAUCCUUUGCGCCUCUGCCACAUUUUAUGACGCAAGAAUACAUGAUGCUGCCGUGAUGGAAUGGUUUGCAAAUUGAACUUGUAAUCUAGAGGUUGUGGGUUGGGUUUGUUGUGAUCUCCCAGCGUGGCAGGUAAAACAGUGAGCAAGUUUUUUAAAUCUCCAAAAGGUGCGGCUACUCCGACCUCUUCCAAGGAAUCUGGCCAGGGUGAAUGUGGACCAAAUGCCCUCUAGAGCAGUGGUUCUCAACCGGGUGUACGCGGACCCCUGGGGGUGUACGUGGCAAUGUCACAGGUGAGGUGUUUCUAACCGUGUGAAAUUAUAUCAUACAUGCGAGUCAUUGGUGAAUAAUAAUUUAUGAAUCUGCCAAGAUAAAAUGACAAAUAAAUCCAUAUAACCUGGAAUGAUAUAAAAGACCUUGCUAAACUCAUUGAUCGUAAGUAAUGUGGGGUUUCAAAGGGUAACCUGCGAGCGUGAACAAAUGGCGUCAUCCAUGCAAAGGGUCCGGUGAUUUUUUUUGUAUUCGCUUGCAGUUAAUAGCAAGUUGGGAUACCUCACAAAAUGGACAAUUGGUGAAAAUAUGUUCAUUAUUCAUACAUUUCUCAACCAUGUUGGGCCAGGAAAGGGGGUUACUCGGUUGAAACAAAAUUCAACAAGGGGGGUAACAGCCAAAAAAAAGGUUGUGAACAACUGCUCUAGAAGGGCUCUAGAGCUCCCUCUAAUGGAGGUCCUGCCAGCAGUGAUGUGAGCAAGCAAUUGCAGGGCUCCACCUUUACCUUAUCUUUUACAUUACUCUGUUACCAGGAACUCUCUUACUGUUGAUUUGGUUGUAUAUCUGGAAUGGAUGUAAUAUAUUUACGACGUGUAUCGUUAUUAUCCAACACUUGUUGCGGUGUACUUUAUGCAUAGCCAAGUUAAGAAAAUCUCUCACGGGAGACAUUCCAAACUCUCACGUAUACUGAUGGUUUUAUGGUAUAUUUGUGUAUUUUGCAUUGUUUGCUGUUUUAUUCCCGUGUCAUGUACAUGCAAACUUAAUGAUUUGCAUACAUAAUGCAUCAUUACAGGUUGCAUAUUGGUACCGUCAUCCGGAGGCACCUGGUUUGAUUCCAGGUCAAGGUGGUAUAAACUCUCGAGUGCGAGUUUGUUAUGAACAAGCACUUCUAAGUGCUGUACGCUCGUUACGUCUGUUUGACGGACUGCCUGCGAGGGGCAGCGGUAUAACACGUGCGUAUGUCCACCGCACGAUAUACUCCAACCCCUGUAAUCGGUGUGGUGGAUAAGACACGACAAUGGAGAUUUACAAAACUGUGCUGUGCAUCUGACUGGACCCUUUAAACAUUGAGAAGACUGAGAUUUCUAAGGAUUAUUUAACUAACAUCGUCGUCAUCUUCCUUCUGGGAAGGGUAAAAUGUGCACCACUUGGUGCAGCAAAAUCAAUAGGGUGGGGGUUGUGUUUUCAUUAAGGAUUGUUCCUGGGAGAAAAAUGUGGAAUUUCCAACCUUCGCUGCAGAAAUCGAAAGCUGUUGAUUGGACCUCACUGAAGGAAGGUGGGAAUUCCACCACUGGCGAAAGGCCAGCACGAAUUAUAAAAAAGCAUGUGUAAAUAUAGGGAUACUUAAGACUUUUAACAGGUGUUGUAUUGAUUAACUUUCAGUUACGCUUCAAAAUGUAAAAGUACCUGAUGCAGUAUGUACUCUUCAUAUAAAUUGUCUAAAUGA